AAAGGGAACUAAGUGACGAUUAAUUCCUCACGCAGCUUCUCGGUGGGCUGUAGUUCAGAUAAUAAAGAGCUAAACUCUAAUCCCACUUUCAUCCUGCCAGGAUAUUCACCCCAGGAUCAUGCCAUCAUGGGUGCCUGACUGGAUAUUUGUGUCCUUUGCCAGGCUUUCCCUACACCCAGUGCUGUCGCCUCACUAACAUCUCCUCAGUGCCGCUGACGUUCCAGCUCCGCAUGUCGGACGAUGGCACACAGCCGGCUGUCGACAGCAUGGAUCAGAUCCGCAGGCACGGUGAUCCAUCCUGGAGGAAGGGAAUCCAAUUUUAUGUGGAGCCAAAGGAGUUCACAAUGAAUCCCAGCCGAGGGACCAUCCUUCCCCAGGGACACCAGGACAUCGAGGUGACCCUGUGUUCCAACACUGUGAUGGAUUUCCGCCGGAGGCUGCUGGUGGACCUGGAGGGCAUUGGCCAGGGAGUGGCAAAACUGUUCAUCACAGCCAGAUGUCUCGUUCCUGAGCUGCGAGUGUACCCUGAAAUCCUGCUCUACGAUGAGUGCCACCUGAAGGUGCCCUACGAGAGGAAGUUCCUCGUUGCAAAUAACACCGACCUUCCUGGCUGCUAUGGGCUUAUUCCCCAGAAACGCAAGGAGAACUCUCCUGUGCUCUACUCCAGCCCCAAGCCCUGUGGGAUAGUCCAGCCUCACAGCUUCGCAGAGAUCCCAGUUGUGAUCGAGGUGCAGACAUUAGGGGAGCAUCGCACCAAUGUUCUCAUUGGCGUGUUCGGGGAUGAGAGAAACCCACGGAGAGUAGAAUUACGGAGCUCUGGAAAGCUGGCAGAAAUCUACCCAAGCACAAGGCUGAUAGAGUUUGGCAAGAUCCCAGCACUACAGCCUACUUCACGCAGCUUUACCCUCUUCAACGAAGGUCUCGUCCCUGCAGACUUCAGGAUGGAGGUCGCUCGCAAACCCCACUGCUGUGCCAUUGAACCCAGAGAAGGAGUGAUCCCUGCUGGGGGUGAGGUGCCUGUGUCUGUCACAGUAACCCUGGAUGACACGGGGCCUUUUGCUGUCCCUGUCCAGCUGUUCAUUGGGAACAGCCUCUGGACCGCCUUCGGGCUGGUGGCUUUGGGCACUGGCACCACGGUUGUCAUAGACAAGCCAUUCGCCCCGGAGCUCAACCUGGGAUACCAAUUCAGCCUCGUUCCCAGUAUUCAUCAGUUCAGAGUAACAAACAAGGGCCACCACUUCUAUCAGCUCUUCUGGAGUGUGGAAUGCUACAGGCCACCUGAGCAGGAGGGCCAGAGUGUCUCAGCCCUCAGCAGCUCCCAGGAUGAUUCCCAGAGCCCCGAACGUGCCAGCCCCGUGUUUGGGCUGGAGCCAGUGUCGAUGGACCUGAAGCCAGGACAGUCUGAGGACAUGGUGCUGCGAGGCUUCUCCCACAUCCCACAGGAGGUGCACGAUUAUGUGAUGUGUGAAGCUGUCAGUGGGAUAACCAGGAGGACAGAGAAGAUAAUAGAAACAGUCCUUACCUGCAAGUUUAUUCACCCCUCUAUAGAAGUGUCAGCCAGGCAAUUCUCUUUCCUUGUGAACAAGAAACCCAGGGAUGUCCUGACUCUGCAGUACCAGCCUUUGGCUUUAAAAAACACCUGCCUGCUGCCACUGGACCUUAUGCUGGACUUGGAGCAGCCAUUCCUGGUCUGUGAUGAGGACCAGCAACCCCUCCCAGAUGGCCAGCCUGUGAGAGUGGGUGUAGGGGAGACCUGUCAUCUCUACGUUGCAUUUGACCCAGCUUAUGAACUGGAUUUUAAGAGCUGGAAAAAAGAGAAGAUUCUGAACAUAGACAUGGUCAGGGGCCAUCCUUUUGUGGAGCGUAUCGUCCUUCGGGGAGAAGUGCACUUCCCAAAUCUCCAAAUCCAACCCAGCACCCUAAAGUUUGGCUGCAUCGUGGCUGGCACUAAAGAAGUGCGUUCUCUGGAGAUGACCAACUGCAGCUCCCUUCCCGUGGAGUACCACUGGACAUUCCAUUCCAAGAGCCAGGUUUACAGAUUGAGAUAUGAGCUUUCCGCACCUAAAUUCCAACCCAAACCACCAAAGGAGAAGAGAACCAGUUUGGAAUCCUCAGUAUCUCGAAGGAGACGCUUCAGGAUCAGAAAAGAGGAGCCAGUCACGGCCCUGAAAGAAUCGCAGGAUCCUGCCCAAUCUUCAGGAGCAGAGGUGCCACCAGAAAGCCGUGGACGGUAUUACAUCCCACUAGGGCUCGUGGGAGUCAAAUCCCCCAUGGAUGUACUGCACACUCCCCUCGAAGUGGAGGAGGUUUUCAGUAUCGCGCCACUGUCAGGUGUGCUGCGGCCAGGAGAGAGCCAGCAGGUCUCCUUCACCUUCUCUAGCGGCUUCAACACCAUCUCUGAUGUCAUGGCACUGUGCCACGUGGAGGGAGGCCCCACCUACGAGGUGGUGGUGACCGGGGAGACCUCCUGUGUCAGCUACUCCCUGAGCCCCCGGGAGAUCGACUGUGGCUCUCAGAUGUUUAACGAAAUUCAUCACAGCAAGGUCACUCUGGAGAACACUUGCAGGAGUGAAUUCAGCUGGGUGCUAAACCCUAGCACUGCCGACCAGCAGCUGCCUGGAGUGUUUCUGGUCAACCCCACCACUGUAAGUAGCACAAGUGACUGA